UAUGGAGAACAACCAGUCCCAUGUUUUUUUCACUAAAAUUUUCAUGUCCAUUUGUUAUUUUAAUAUGUUUUUUUUGUUUUGGAGCCCCCACAGCCUCGAGAAAAAAAAGGAAAAAAAAGAACCUCCCUCUAUCAUGUUGAAAAUCCUCGUCAUAGGUUCAAAUCUGCCGAAUGUCCUCGCAUCCGCUCCGCUGUGGAAGUAUCACAGAUCAUUUGGCCAUGGCAAAUUAAGAAAUGCAACAGUUUACAGGCCACUUUCAGUCCUUGUUGAAAAAGAAGGGCCAAUUUCCUCUGGAUUUGUCUGCCAUUCGAAUUCAUGGAAAGACGAAGAGAAUGAUAAGUUUGUGAAGGAUUUGAGAGUUCCAGAUGAGUGGAUGACACCUUCUACUGCACUCCAGGAAUCUGAGUGGUUGAGGAUUGCAUUACAUAAAUGGCUGGAUGAUGAAUAUUGUCCUGAGAUUGCUAAUGAAGAGAUCAGUAAGCGUUGUUCAAGAGUCUAUUACCAUUGUUUGAUGGAGAAGCAAGCAGAUAUAGGUGAGAUUUUGUUGCAAAUGGUAAGAGACUUGGAAACUUUCUCUUUUAAAGAAAGCUUUCACGGAGCAUUUUCUUCAGCCAAUGCUGCAAUCCACCUCAUAACUACGAGGAUGCAAGUCAUGGAAGAUACUCAAAAGAAAAGUAUAGAAUAGUUGCUUAAUUAAUCUAUUUAAAAAAACUAAGAUUAUAAGAAUUACUGUUUUGUAUGAGUAAAAAUAUUAUAAUAUAUGUUAUUUUUUUUAAUUUUUUAAAUUAGGCUUUUAAAAACUAACUGGGGAAUCCAAGUUUUGUUAAAAAAAUAGCUACUACAUGUACAGAUUUUUAGAAAAUUUCAGUUUUUUUCUAUGGCUAA